UAAACUUUGUUUUCCACUUCAUCGUUUCCUAUAUUCUUUCUUUCAGUUCUUGAACCGAAGACUAGUCGAUCAGAAAUGGGAGCAAACAAAAGUAUCCAUACUGGAAGAUCAAAGCUAGACGUUGGAGUUGAUUUCACUCGAAAGCUAUGUAGUUCUUGCAUGCUCUCCCCUCGCAGGCUAUCUAGCAUUCUGGUUUCUAUGGCUACUGGCAGCCUUCGCUUGAAGCACCCUGGCCUAUUUUAUUUCAGAGAUUUGCUUGAUAUGUCGUGGCACAAGGGGCUGCAUGAUUCAGACCUAUUGCUCACGUAUAGAUACCAUAGACCUCUACAUAUUGGUCCCCCGUCUUUAACAAUUAAGCAUUCAGUUUCACCUGAGGUUGGAAUCCAUGGAAUUCCCAUGAACAAGUUUUCACAUUCCCUAAGUCGAGGUGUAAGGUUGUCCAAGUUGUCGAUUGGGUUUGAUUAUAUUGCGCCUUCAGAAUCUGAUUCGAGCAAAGCCAAAGCAACCGGUGUAUACUUUAAGCGUUUUCACUUUAAGCACGAUGGAGGCCGCUCUAUAAGCACAGAUCAAGAUGGUUUUCAACUGACUCGCAGUGGAGGUCCAUCUGACAACAUAAUAGUGAUUAGUCAAGAAUCUCGUUAUGAAGAUGAAAGUGAUCACGGCUUUACUAACUUUAGUGUCCAGAUGGAACUAGGGACUCCAAUUCCACCAAUCUUGCUAUCCUACUACCGGUUUGAAGUUUCUGCUGCAAGAGGAAUUAAACUUGGACCAACAAUUUUCUUCUCACGGAUGAGUGGUGGAACAGUUAUGGGAUCCUUUGCUCCAUAUCAAGCAUUUGCAAUCGGUGGUCCCAGUAGUGUGCGAGGCUAUGGGGAGGGUGCAGUUGGUGUUGGACAGUCGUGUCUGGUAUCUACAAGUGAAUUGUCAAUCCCAUUGAACAAGAAACUAACAGGAGUUAUCUUCCUGGACUGUGGAUCUGACCUGUGGAGCAGUUAUAAAGUUCCCGACAAUCCAGGAGAGAGACGUGGUAAACCAGGAAUUGGAUUUGGGAUUGGGGGUGGCAUUCGAUUCAAAACCCCGUUGGCUCAAAUACAAGUUGAUUAUGCCAUUAAUGCCUUUCAACAAGGAACUACAUAUUUUGGAAUUAGUGAUCUGAUUCUGUGAAUGCUAACAUGGCUUAAUGUGGCCAAAUUUUCCAGGCUUCUUCAUUCUUUAGUUUGUACAAAAAAGCGUUGAAUGUUACAAAAAUGUUUAAAAUCGUGACUCGAGCUUCUUAACAUCCUAGUUUGAAGGAUUUUUGCUGGUUUUCCAGACAGCAACCUAAGAUGCCUAAUGUACAGAUUCCUCAUUCUUUGCAAAUUAAGAAAGAAAAAAAAAACUUUGUUUCA